CUGCCCGACCCGCUCGUCUCCUCUUCUCACGUCUUCCCCCUCAUUGCCCGUGGCCUCCUGGAGACGACUCAGCGACGCGGGCUCGGCGAGCGAGCAACGUACACACACCACAACGUCACUUGCCUCGUGGAUUGACGACCAAGGCCAGGGGGGUCCCGACUCCUGCCUUCGACCCGAUUCGAGAGAGGUGCCGAUCGCUCCACCACCCCCCCCCCCCCCGCAUUUCAAUCCGCCUGCCCAUGUCCAUCACGAGCCUCAGCCCGGGCCGUGGUCCAUGCACGCGCUCGCCCCGGGACAAUAAGCGGGCUGCAAAGGGCACCGUCGACGCUUGGCGUCAGGAGCAGCAGCAACAAAGCGAGCCGGGCCGCCGUCACACUCGCGAUGUCGAGCCCAAGGCCCGUCCGGGAGGCGACGGGGGUUUCGAGAUGAUCCGCCGCGAGCUGGAGGCCGACUGUAGCAUCGUCAUAUCGAGCUCGCCCCUCGCCACGCCGGUGAAGCAGGAGAGGAGCACGGCGGCCAAGGCGGCGGUGCCGCCCCAACAAGCACGGCAGGCGCUCAAGACCCGGCGACAGCGCCUGAGCAACGCCGUCAUGAGAUGCCACUCGUGUGGCACGGGGGACACGCCUGAGUGGCGGCAAGGCCCGGACGGGCCAGGGACGCUGUGCAACGUAUGCGGUCUUGUCUUUCAGAAACAGCAGAGGCGGUUAUUGCGGGACGCUGGCAGGCGAUGGUAAUGGCAUGGAAGGUCAAUAAUAUAUACUGGUAGCGAGCG